AUGGAGAGCUAUUUUCAAUACCGAAGGGUGCGGCGAGCGGUUCGACAGCACCUCGCUGAUAUUCAAGGAAAUUGCAGCUGCCCUACUCACGUCGUCGGAUAUCCUCAUGGCUUGACAUGCUCGCUGAAUACCCAUUGCACUGUGGAAAAGCAAACCCCUACACUCUCAGCCAUUUCAGAUGAAAAUGAUGUGAUUGUCGUGGGAUGGGAUGGGCAAGAUGAUCCGCUGAAUCCUGCAAAUCAGAGCACCACACGGAAGCUCUUCAUGACCCUCUUAGUGUCUUUGAUUGCACUAUCGGUCACCGCCGCAUCGGCAAUUGACGCAUGUGGUGUUAGAGAGUAUAGCGAGUUUUUCCAAAUAUCCGAGGUUGUUGGUUCUCUUGCAACAGGUCUUUUUUUAAUCGGAUUUGCAUGCGGCUCCCUUCUAUCCGGCCCGUUCUCCGAGACUUUUGGUCGUAAUGCAAUUUAUCUCAUUACCAUGCUCUUCUUUCUGAUCUUCAUUAUGGCAUCUGGGCUCGCCCCAAAUCUCCAAAGUCAUCUCGUCUUUCGCUGUCUCGCAGGCUUCUUUGCCUCUACUCCGUUGAGCUGCGCCGGUGGGACGGUCGCAGAUCUGUGGAAUCCGGUACAGAAGGCCUACGCAUUUCCCGCCUACGCCAUCCCAGCAUUUGCAGGGCCGAUGAUCGGUCAGAUGAUUGUUAGCUAUAUACCAGUCACGCUGGGCUGGCGUUGGCUGGAAUGGAUAAUGCUCAUAAUGGGCGGCAUGGUCCUCGUUCUGGUUCUUUUACUUCAACCCGAGACCUACGGUGAUCUGAUUCUCUACUGGAAAGCUUCGGUCAUCCGAAAGGAGACUGGAGACAAGAGAUAUCGAGCCCCCAUGGAGGUGAAGCGUGAAGGUCUGAGCCAACGUCUGAAGAUCUCUGUGUGUCGGCCUUUUGCAAUGUUUUACUCCGAGGUGAUCAUCAUCCUUGUCUCGCUCUACUUGACGAUCAUAUAUAUCGUCCUGUUCACCUUCCUGGAAGGUUUUACAUAUAUUUUUGGUCAGACAUACGGUAUUUCAGAGGGUCUGACAAGCUUAUGCUGGUCGGGUAUGUUGGUCGGGAUCUUGCUCGUUGGCUUGGUGGUGCCAGUGGUCUACACUUGGACUGCGAAGGCCUACGCCCAGAACAAGACUUCUUUCGCUCCUGAGAUACGACUAUGGUAUACAAUGCUUGGUGGUGCACCUGCAGUGCCAAUCAGCUUGUUCUGGAUGGCGUGGACCAGCAACCCAGGAAUCUCAAUUUGGUCCCCCAUCGUCGCUUCGGUUCUCUUCGGCUAUGGAAUCACAACCAUAUUCAUUGUGUCAUACAUGUAUCUCAUCGAUUCGUACGAAACAUAUUCGGCCUCUGCGCUCGGUUUCCUCGUAUUCACAAGAUAUGUGGUGGCUGGCGGUAUGACUAUUGCUGGUGGGCCAAUUUAUCGGGCCAUCGGUGUGCAGUACACACUCACAAUUCUGGGAUCUAUCAGUGCAGUCAUGACGUGCGUGCCUUAUUUGCUAUACCUCUUUGGACCGAGAAUUCGCAAGAGCAGCAAAUAUGCGGUUAACGUUGACAUUCAGUGA